AUAAUUAAAACAUCUCUCUCAAACUCACUCUCCCACUCUCACAGUCUCUCCCUCUCUCCCCCAAAUCUCAUUGACUUCACUUCAGCUCCGCCACCGCAGCUCCGCCGUAUUCGUCAAAAAUGGGGUCCGUAUCCCUCAAAAUCGGAGACGGAACUGCCAGAUUCAAACGCGGAUCCUUCUGCUCCUCCGCCGCAAAUCUCCUAAUGCUCUUCUCCGUAGUCACCACCAAUCUCUUCGCCCUCUACGCCUUCACCCACCGCCCCCCUCCCCCGCCGCCCCCUCACCACCACCUCUCCCUCAUCUCCGACCAAGUCUCCCUAAUCCUCCGCCAAAUCGACUCCUCCCAGAAGAAACUCUCCCAAAUCGAAAAACACCUCCUCGGCUACCAAACCAUCGACCUCUCCCGCCCCCAAAUCGCCCCCGAGCUCAAGGAAUUCCUCACCCCCCACCCCCUCCCCCUCGGCAAGGACUCCAGAACAGGAAUCACUUCCAUGGCCGCCUCCGUCGCCCAUUCCUGCGAGAAAUCCAUCGAUUUGUUAUCCCAAUUUAUGGCCUACAAACCCUACGGUACCUGCCCCGACGAUUGGAGCCUCGGCCAGCGCCUGAUUCUCCAAGGCUGCGAGCCUCUGCCUCGCCGGAGAUGCUCCGGUAAGAUUAUCCCCAAAUUUGGAUUGCAGUCUUACCCUAAUUCUCUCUGGACUAAUGUUAGCGAUAAGAUGUGUAGCUGGAGUGGUUUAGGGUGUAAGAAUUUCACGUGUUUGAAUGCUAAGAAACUCGGCAGGGAUUGCGCCGGUUGUUUCGACAUCCGCCAUGGCUACGAACCUCAAAAGUAUGUCAAAGCUUGGAGCAAGAACGAUUUCUUGAUUGAUGAUGUUCUAGCCAUGGGAGGAGGGAGUAGUUUGAUCAGGGUAGGGUUCGACAUUCGCGGCGGCGGUUCGGGGACUUUUGCCGCCCGAAUGGCAGAGAGAAAUGUGACGAUCGUGACAGCGUCGAUGAAUGUCGAUGCUCCAUUCAACGAAUUCGUCGCCACUAGAGGUCUUUUCCCAUUGUACCUUAGCUUGAACCAUAGGUUCCCUUUUUACGACAAUGUAUUCGAUUUAGUUUACGCCGGAAACGGAUUGGAUGUCGCGGGGAGGCCCGAGAAAUUGGAGUUCUUGAUGUUCGACAUCGAUCGUGUCCUUAGGGUCGGGGGGCUUUUAUGGAUCGACAACUUUUAUUGCGUUUCCGACGAUAAGAGAAGAGCUCUAACGCGCAUUAUCGAGAGGUUCGGGUAUAAGAAAUCGAAGUGGGUUGUAGGGGAGAAAGUCGCGGGGGAUGGGAAAUCGGAAGUUUAUUUAUCGGCCGUUUUGCAAAAACCAGUAAGGCCGUAACGUUCGAAUAGAGAUGAUCGAUUGAUUUUGAUUUUGCAUUACGUUUUUUAUAACUCUCGUGAUUUGUUGGUAAUGUCGAAAUAAGCCAAAGAAUGGAGCUUUGUGUGACGGGAUCGACUCGUAAGUUAGGUAUUCGUAUAUGCCACUAAGAAAAAACGAAUUAGAAGGCGAUACUAUACACAUUUCAAUUUCUAGGAUAAAAAACGAUGGUCGCCCGAGCCCGAGCCUUGGCUCGAGCGAUGAGAGAUCUAUCGGUGUUGUCGAUGGAGCGAAUAUUUAUAUAUGUAUGUAUGUAUGUAUGUAUUGUGACAUUUAUCUCACUCUUGUUCUAGUUCUCACUUAUUCAUGUUUUUUUUUGUUUCUUGA